UUACUAUUUUUAAUUUUCAGUUCAAAAGAAUAACCCUUUUGACAUAUAACACUAAAUUGUCAUUAUUAUCUGAUUAUCCCCAUUUGUCUGCUCCAAACACUGUGGAAAAGUUUUUUGUUUUCUUCUUCUCCCAAACAUCUGGUAAACUCAAAUGAGUAACAUUAUUGAGUCUCAUUCGCAUAGCUCCUCCUCUGUGAAAGAUGAGAGAUUAGAGUUCAUGGUAAUAUGAGAGCUCUGAUUGGUCGCCAAACCUGUCCAUCAAUGGCUUAAGGACACGAGGGGAGGGUUUUACAAAUCUAAGAGGUAGUGCCUGUGUUGGUGGCGUUCCUCAUUCUUGUCAAACCCAAACUGAGUUUCCAAACCACAACACACAGUGAAAUGAGGCGAGCAACAUCCUCAACCGAUAUUCUGGCGUUUAUAUUCCAGCAUGCCGGCACAGAUCUAGAAAUUAACGGUCCGGGAGUUGAAUACGCGCAUUUCGGGUUGUUUUGAUACCCGAUAGUAAUGUGGUGACCUGCAAUUCCACUGCUCUCGCGGACGUCUGUGAACGAAAGAGCAUUCUGCACAAGUCAGAGUAGGUUGUUUGAUCCGCACGUGAUCAGUGGAGAAGUUGGGAACCGGCGGAGCUUGUUAACUUGUUGCGCAGUGAUGCAUGUGUCCUAUUGCGCAAGAGAAUGAUUCAUGAGCCCGUUAUUGUACAUGCCAUUUCUCUUCAUGUUUCUGCGCUUCAAGGUGCUUGACUUGAAGUUGAUUCACAAUGACAAACUAAUCUAACGGAACGAUAUUAAUUAUCAACAUGAGGAACAGUCCGCGCAAUUAAGUUCAACUGGACCACCGGAGCUACCCAGGGACGCAUAAGUUAGAUGUUCUUACAUGCAUCCACAUAGUAUACUUUUUUAGCAGGUUAAAAUUAUCCUGACUUCCUACCUAACCAACCCUCGAAAUGUCAGAGUCUUGUGAGGACGGGCUUUGCGGGGACGGAGCUCCGGAUUUCAUCCCUGCGAGAGCAGCUCGCUCAGGCAGGCGGAGCGGAGUCACCGUGCCGCUGGUAGAGCGCGAUGAGGCGGCUAUCCUGGAGUCGGUGAAAAUAGCACCAAGGAGGAGCAGCAUCAUUAAGGACCCCUCAGUGGCCAAGGUCAGUGGCGGGCGAAAGAAAACGGUCUCCUUCAGCAGUAUGCCAUCAGAAAAGAAGGUGAGCAGUGCUGCAGAUUGCCUUGCCUUUAUGCAGGGUGGCUGCGAGCUGAAGAAGGUGCGACCCAACUCGCGCAUCUACUCGCGAUUCUACACUCUGGACUCUGAACUGGUCUGCCUUCGUUGGGAGCCCUCCAAGAAGGAUGGUGACCGAGCCCGACUUGACAUCUCUGCCAUUCGUGAGGUUCGCAUUGGAAAAAACACAGAGACCUUCCUCCAUAAUGGUCCAUCGGAUCACCUGGCUGAAGAAGCAGCAUUUUCCAUCAUUCACGGUGAUGAGUACCAGUCCCUGGACCUGGUCGCUCUAUCUGCUGAUGUGGCCAACAUCUGGGUGACAGGGUUGCGGUACCUGUUGUCCCACCCUGGUGCCAUAGGUGGAGGAAGUGGAGGGGAGGGAGGGGUGGGAGAGGGGAGUGUUGGAAACAAGAUGAGGCAGAACUGGUUGGCGAAAGAGUUUGCUCUGGUUGAUGAUGAUGGACACGGAAUCAUUUCUGAAGACACAGCAGUCGCCACCAUCUGCAAACUCUGCCCUGGCAUUAAGGAAGCAAAGGUGCGUUUGCGCUUUAAAGAGAUUCAGAGGAGUAAAGAAAAGCUAACUUCUCAUGUUACGUUGGAGGAGUUCCAGGAGGCCUUCUGCGAGUUGUGCACGCGACCCGAUGUCUAUUUCCUGCUAGUGCAACUGUCUAAAGACCGAGAGUGCCUUGAUGCCCAGGACCUGCGUCUUUUCCUGGAGACAGAGCAGGGACUGUCCUUGGCCACCACCGAAGGCUGCUUGGAGCUCAUUCGGUGUUUUGAGCCCGCUGCGGCUGGGCGUGAGCGAGGACUACUGGGCUUGGAUGGCUUCACCCGCUACCUACAGUCUGCUGAGUGCCAAUUGUUAGACCCGGAGCACCAGAAUGUGUGCCAGGACAUGAAGUUGCCCCUGUCUCAUUACUACAUUAGUGCCUCUUAUCGCUCCUACCUACUGGAUGAUCAAGUGCAUGGCCGGGCUGAUCUAGGGGGGCUCACUCGAGCCCUGCAGGCUGGCUGUCGGUGUCUAGAGCUUGGGGUUACUGAUGGGCCAGAAGGGGAACCACUAUUGGGUGUAGACCAUGGUACAGAUGUAAAGCAUCAUCACCACCAUCAUCACCACCACCAUCAUCACUACCAUCAUGGUUCUGUUACCCUACGCAGUGCCCUGGAAGUGGUCAACAAGUAUGCUUUUCUCACCUCUCAGUAUCCUCUAUUGCUCUAUCUGUGCCAGCGUUGCUCACCUUCCCAGCAGCGUACUCUUGCACAACACCUCAAGAAGGUAUUUGGACAAAAGCUCUAUACCCCUGACGCUCUGUCAGUAAGUCUUGGAGGUCGAGCAACCACUCUGCCCUCUCCAGAGCAACUGAAGUGUAGGGUGCUUCUUGUUGGAAAGAAGCUGCCUCCUGAAGAGGAAGGCUCUGAAGGAGAGGUAUCUGAAGAGGAUGAGGAGAUAGGUGGUGGUGGUCCUCUGGCUGGCCGAAGGAUGACCAUCCCUGGGGAGGAAGAGCUGGGAGUUGUCCUCGUUGUCCCCCCACCCCCACAACCAAGGCGUCUCUGCUUGCGCCGCGAAUUGUCCGAUCUGGUCGCAGUUGUUCGUACUGGAAGUCGCAGCUUUUAUGCUCACCGGGUGAAUACUCAGCCAUCCCAGCAGCAUUCUCCCCCCUCCACUCCCUCUACACCAGGCAUGCCUAUGCCUUUAGACCCCCCCUACUGGACCCUGUGCUCUCUUGGGGAAGGGGAGGCUGGCCGUCUGGCUAGUGAGAGCCCCGAAGAACUGGUGAGCUUUACCAAGCGCAAUCUUACCCGUGUGCGCCCCAGUUCGGUAAGGCUUGACUCUAGCAACCCAAACCCACAGGGAUACUGGAAAGGAGGUGUGCAACUGGUGGCGCUCAACCAGCAGACACCAGGUGCCAUGCUAGAUUUGACCCGUGGUCGGUUUAUGCAGAACGGAGGGUGUGGGUAUGUACUGCGUCCAGCCGUAAUGCGAGAGGAGGUUUCCUACUUCAGUGCCCAGUCGCAAGGCUGUGUGCCUGGUGUACCACCGCAAACACUCAGGGUGAAGGUCAUCAGUGCCCAUAGCCUACCCAAGCCACAGGGCUCUGGUGCCAAAGGUGAGGUCAUUGAUCCUUAUGUAGUGCUGGAGCUGCACGGUGUGCCUGCAGAUUGUGCUGAGCAGAGAACUCGCACUGCAGCCCAGAACCAGGAUGACCCGCUGUUUGAUGAGACCUUUGAGUUCCUGGUUAACAUGCCUGAGCUUGCCCUGCUACGUUUCGUAGUUCUGGAUGAUGAUUAUAUUGGUGAUGACUUCAUUGGCCAGUACACCAUUGCCUUUGAGUGUCUUCAGCCUGGCUAUCGCAACGUGCCCCUGUUGGGCCUCGCUGGAGACCCUUUGCCACAUGCCAGCCUGUUUGUACACGUGGCCAUCACGAACCGCAGAGGUGGGGGUAAGGCCCAGAGACGAGGUCUGUCCGUCAGGAGAGGAGUGCGCCGUGGACGAGAGUAUGUCACCCUCCGAAACACGGGCAUCAAAGUGCUGGAUGACUCUUUCCGCUCCUCCAGCACACCUCUGCGAGAGGCUACAGAUCUGCGAGAAGAUGCACUGAGCGCAACAAUGGCUUUCAAAGAGCAGUGUGGGCUCCCCCCAGUGGCCACAUUGAAGCAGUGCAUCCAGAGUUUGGCCACGAGGUUGCAGAGUCCAGAUGGGCCCCCAGGGGCCACGCUCACUCUGAAGGAUGGUUACCCAUGUCUGGAACUUGUGGGCAACUUGACUGACGCCACUCGUAAACUGUUAAAUGUUUAUGACACUAUGAUCUCGGCCAACAAGCAGCUGAUUGAGAAUGCAGAUGGAGUGCAGGAGCGAAUCGCACAAGUGCAAAAGGCAGGAAUGAUGUUUCAUGAAGACCUAGCCAGGUUAGGGGAGAAGGAAAAUUUGAAAGGCCGUAAACAGAGUAAAGCUGUGGAAAGUUUCACUUGGAACAUCACUGUGCUGAAGGGUCAGUGUGAUCUCCUGCGCAGUGCUAAGGUAGAUGCUUUGGAUACUCUGAGGCAGCUGGCAUUGGCUGGGGAGGCGUGUGGCCUGACCUUGACCUCUGAUGGUCAGUACACCUCUCACGGCCUGUCCUCCAGACGUGGCAGUAGUCAUGGCAAUGGUCGCAUCUGAGCCCCAGAGACACGCAGAGGGAUUCCGAAAGAUUUUAGUAAUAUAUGAAUGAUGGAUGAAGGAAUAUAUGGAUGUUUUGAUCACCAGAUGGAUUGUUGGACAUACAGAUUGAUGGCUGUAUAGGUCUCUCAGAUGAAAAGAAAUAUAGGGACAUUUGUCCUUUUGAAGAUGUGCUCGUUUUGUAGCACAGCAAUGACCAGUAGGUGUGAUGUUAGGACAGAAUAUGGAAUGUUCUUAUCAAGACGUACUGAAUAAAGGACGUAAGAGGAAAUUCUUCAGGGAUAUAAAAUGACUGUCAAAUCAAAACAUAGAUUUUCACUGGAAUUAAUUACAUUCCUGAAAUAUUUAAGAGGACAGGGCUUUAGUGGUGAACUCCUUGUAGUGCACAGGCUAAACAGAGAAACAUUCUUUUAUGUUGACAAUUUUCCAGAUGCUCCCAACAUUUCAGAUACAUUUAUGAAUUGAAACUUAAACCGAUGCAGACUAGACAAUAUGUCUCCCCAAAAGUUCAUGACCAAAUCACAAAUGUGAGGUUUUUUUUACUCAGGUUAGCACAAACACAUGUCAGAAACUCACCUUUUAAGGGUUCUACUGAGGGAAUGCAUUGGUGAUGCCCACCAGCAGGACAACAACACUUCUUCCCCCAGUCCAGUACAGUCCAGUGUGUAUGGGAUAUCUCUAAUGCCUCUCCAUUGGAGGGAACAUGUCAUCAUUUCCACUUUCACAUACCUACAGGGAAGUGACACAGGUUGUCUUCAGCUUAUAAUGAACAUAAGAAUGCUUUGUUCGAACUCUGCUCAGCACUUGCUCACAGUGUUAACUGAUCCUGUUGCUCACAUGGUCAAUGAUGGGAUGACCAGUACUGAUUACACCACACAUUCCUGUAAUCCAUGUAGAAGGCUUUUGUGUGUGUACUGUAAUCUGCACACAGACCUGGGAUUGUUCGAGGAACAAAUGUUAAACACACAAUUUGAAUUACAUUUUGGAUCAAGAGUGACUUUGUGUCCAUCGUGGAUUCCUUGACUUCUGAAUCCAUUGGCGUGGUCUUUGCACACAGUUUUUGUUAGGAAGGAGACACAAAUCCUACUUAAAGUAACAUGGCAAGAAUUACUAACCAUUCUUUUAUCAAAAACUAACCGUUCAAAUCCACUUAAAGCACUGAGAGGAUCUAAAGUAGAAACUUGCAUCUUAGAACUUUCAUUAUGUUACACUCGACAGUGUUGUGAUAGACAAGGGAAAAAUUGGCAGUAUUUUGUCUAUUGCUGUUAAAGACACUUACAAUAGACUAGAUUUUCCCCCUCAUGUUGGAGUUUGCACCUUUUCUUUCCACAUGGUAACAGAGUAACAGAAAUUAGAUAAGUGACUUUUGAAAUACUAUAUACUAUAUAUAUAUAUAUAUAUAUAUAUAUAUAAAUUCUCAUGAUAGAUAUAUAUAAGUGUCCAUAUGUUGUGUGCUUAUGUAUGAAAAUGUGUGCAAGGGUGCUAAUGUAAAUGUGAGACAUUUUAAUGGUACAUGUUUUGAAUGUGACCAAUCUUUACAUUGCUCGAGGGACUCGGGCGGUUGUUUUUAAAUGAAAACCUUACUAUUGGUUGAUGUCAAACUCUUUUGUUAAGAGAGUAAAGGAUUGUAUUUUUGAUGUGAAGACAAAUGAGAAUUAUUUAUUCACAACGUGUGUGAAAAUUAAUAAUGAACGAAAAAUAAAUAAAUUAGAAAAGGCAUAACUUUCACACUAACAGAUGUUAGACUUCUGUUGUCCUGUCCUGUGUCUCCACAACCCAUCCACUGUCGUUAUCAACUCUUUUACUCUGUUUACUCUCAUUUACUUUUCUCUUGGCCUCUAACCUGUGUCCUUGUCCUUUGUGCUCUUCCCAUCCUUUCACCCUAUCUAAAUGAGUAACUGGCAUUAUGCUGAUGCUGGACUGAAUAAUACACACCGGGGCAAGUGAUCAGUGUCUGCCCUGCGACUUUGUUUGUGUGUGUAUGUAGGUGUGUGUAAAUGUCUCAACUGAAUUUGUACUGACUCCUAAAGUGUUCCUUAAAAAUCAAAACAUUUACUGAUGACUGAACAAAGCCCACAGAGGGCAUUUUGUGAAUUAUAUAAGGGAAUUGUAUACAGUACAGCUUUAAGCUGCAAACUGUAACCCUGUUCCUGUAGCCCCUGGAGAUGCAGUCAGAGGAUCUGUGUACCUGUAAAGGGGCCAAAAUCUAAAUAAUGAAUACCUAUUCACAGUAUUAGCUUUCCGUUCCAGUUUAGAUUGCUCUUGAGACUUAACCAAUCGGAGAUGUGAAUUGGGUGCAAUUACUCUUAUCAGCAAAGUUGAGCAAAGUAAUACAAAAACAGUGUGUCACAGUCCGCAGGGUCAAUGACAAGCAACUUGAACCCCAUUGAUGUGCACUUUAAAUUAAACCGAGCAAUCCAUUUGGACCAGUCCACUGAUUCCUGCAGUAUUAGGUAGUGGUCAACAUCUCAAACGGUGCAAUAUUACUAUGCCGUUGACAUUAAACAUAAUGACUUGUCUAACAAGAAGCAUUAAUCCAACUGUCUUAAUUGGCUGUUUCUGCUUUUUUUCUGUGUGGUUUCCGUCCUCUGCACUUAGUGUAUGUUUAUUGUGUCUACCUUUAAUCUAACUCUUAAAAUGAAAUAUAUUAUUGUUUUGUCACAUUCUUGUUAGCAAUUGAUGUUGCUGUAUAAACGAGAGUAAUUAUUAAAGGUGACGUGUGCAAAAGCAAACUUAAAAGCAACAUUGCUUCUAUUUUGAAACGUUGGUUUGUAUUUUAUAACAUUAACAAUUUGAUGUAACACAGAUGUGCCCCAGACUAAAUAAAGUUAUCUUUUACUGAC